CUCCUCAGCUGCCCAGCAGAGCAGGCAGUGAGUGGGGAGGGGAGGGAACAUGGAGCGGGGGCAGGUGGUGGGGGCAGGGCCAGGGCCUGGGGCCCGAACCCGGGCACUGCUGGGCUGCCUGGUCAAGGUGCUGCUGUGGGUGGCCUCUGCCUUGCUGUACUUUGGAAGUGAACAGGCCGCCCGCCUCCUGGGCAGCCCCUGCUUACGACGCCUCUACCAUGCCUGGUUGGCAGCAGUAGUGAUCUUUGGGCCACUUUUGCAGUUCCAUGUCAACUCCCGGACUAUCUUCGCCAGCCACGGCAACUUCUUUAACAUAAAAUUUGUGAAUUCAGCGUGGGGCUGGACAUGCACUUUUCUGGGGGGCUUUGUGCUGCUGGUGGUGUUCCUGGCUACUCGGCGUGUAGCAGUGACUGCCAGGCACCUGAGCCGACUAGUGGUGGGGGCCGCUGUGUGGCGGGGUGCCGGCCGAGCCUUCCUGCUCAUCGAGGACCUGACUGGUUCCUGCUUUGAGCCUCUGCCCCAAGGCCUGCUGCUCCAUGAGCUACCAGACCGCCGCAGCUGCCUGGCAGCUGGCCACCAGUGGAGGGGGUACACAGUUUCCUCCCACACCUUCCUGCUCACCUUCUGCUGCCUGCUCAUGGCUGAAGAGGCAGCGGUGUUUGCCAAGUACCUGGCCCAUGGGCUGCCUGCUGGUGCCCCCCUGCGCCUUGUCUUCCUGCUCAACGUGCUGCUGCUGGGCCUCUGGAACUUCUUGCUGCUCUGUACCGUCAUCUAUUUCCACCAAUACACUCACAAGGUGGUGGGCGCUGCAGUAGGCACCUUUGCCUGGUACCUCACCUAUGGCAGCUGGUAUCAUCAGCCCUGGUCUCCAGGGAGCCCAGGCCAUGGGCUCUUCCCCCGUGCCCACUCCAGCCGCAAGCACAACUGAAAAGAAAUAAAGGCACAUCGGG